AAACCUCGACCUUAGUCGCUAGUAUGACUGUAGAGUGUUGAUUACAGAUGCAGUUUGCAGAAAUUGUCUGGGUGUGUCAUGUUACACGAGGGACUAGCAUUCCAGGGCUGCAUCAAGCUAGCAUAUAAAAGGGUGGCACUUAGGUGUCAUUUGCAUCAAGCACCAAGACUGCCAAGAUGGCGUUCAAUCUCAGCGUGUUCCUCCUCCUUUGUGGGACCUGUGUCCUGUUGACUGGAGCUUGUGGCGUGUCACAAAGCAAAGGCAAAGGCAAAGGCAAAGAUUGCGGCUGUCCCAAGGGCUGGACUCAGUACCAAGUCUACUGUUACAAGUACUUCGAUUUUAACAGGACCUUUGCAGAUGCAGAGAGGGUCUGCCAGCUCUUCCACGGUAAUCUGGUGUCCAUCUGCGACGAGGUGGAGAAUGAAAUCGUCCUUCAACUGAUUCGGGAUCACAAUGAUGGUAGCGUCGUAGACACCUGGAUAGGACUCCACGAUACCAUUGAGGAAGGAAACUAUAUGUGGGUUGAUGGCACCGAUUUUGUGUUUAAUAACUUUGGGACCUUUCCCACCCCCCCUGAAGCUGAUGAUGAAGACUGUGUGGAGAUUGAGGAAGAUGACUCACUGUGGGAUGACGACGAAUGCACUGACAAGAAUCCGUAUGUUUGCAUCAGACCUGUGUGCAUUGACACGGAUUAGUCCACCUUCUGACCAUCAAAUCUUCUCUGACAAUGUCUUUCCCGGAACAUGGUGACCUCCAGAUAUAAGAAUGAAACUUCAGCGCUAUCUUUGUCUUUUGCCACUGUCAGUCAAACUUAUUGAAACCACAAAGUGCAUCUCUCUAAUAAACGAAGACACCUGU